AUGUAUGUUAACUUGCUGGCUUGGGGAGAGAGUCUGCUUCUGUACUGCAGGUCAACCAGUGGUCCCACCAAGUCUGGCCCUGCUUCUGGCAGCAACCGUCAACUUCAGCAGACUCAAAACCAAGUCAAUGAGGUGGUGGAUAUCAUGAGAGUGAACGUGGACAAGGUUUUGGAAAGAGAUCAGAAGCUAUAUGAGCUGGACGACCGUGCUGAUGCCUUGCAAGCAGGAGCAGCCCAGUUUGAAACAAAUGCUGCCAAACUGAAAAGAAAAUACUGGUGGAAGAACUGUAAGAUGUGGGCCAUAUUGAUAGCGGUGGUUGUUGUUAUCAUCAUUAUCAUCAUCGUUUGGAGUGUAUCCUCAUGAGCUUCUGGAGGAAACCCUGAAUUCAACAAAGCUGUUUCAGCAAGGAAACUCUAGUCUCUUACGUCAGACUUGCUGUAUUGCCAAGCUUCUUGUGGUUGCACAAAUCAAACACUUUUUUUGAUAGCGGAAGUAUUACAUUUUCUGUAGAUUAUGUGCCUUUAUAUAAACGAUGCACUCUAAUUUGUAAUGCUGUUAAAACUGGCUGAGUUAAGAUAUGUGUAAACC